AUGGUCAUGGCUCAGUUCCCUGGGGCAGGAAGAUCCCAACAGUUGGGCCACAAAUACAACUUUAUUGCCGACAUGAUAGAGAAGAUCGCGCCUGCCGUGGUUCACAUUGAAUUGUUUCGCAAGCUUCCUUUUUCUAAGAGGGAGGUGCCCGUGGCCAGUGGGUCUGGGUUUAUAGUAUCCGAAGAUGGACUCAUUGUGACAAACGCCCACGUGGUGACCAAGAAGCACCAGGUCAAAGUGGAGCUGAAGAGUGGCGCCACCUACGAAGCCAAAAUCAAGGAUGUGGAUGAGAAGGCGGACAUUGCACUUAUCAAAACUGACCAUGAGGGAAACCUGCCCGUCCUGCUGCUUGGCCGCUCCUCGGAGCUGCGGCCGGGAGAGUUCGUGGUCGCCAUCGGAAGCCCGUUUUCCCUUCAGAACACGGUCACUACCGGGAUCGUCAGCACCACCCAGCGCGGCGGCAAAGAGCUGGGGCUCCGGAACUCGGACAUGGACUACAUCCAGACAGACGCCAUCAUCAACCUGGAUUGCUGUGAACGUGUGGAGUCGCAGACAGAUGUGGAGAGAAGCAAAGCCAUCACCAGGAAGAAGUACACUGUCAUCCAAAUGAUGUCGCUCACAUCCAGCCGCUACAGCCUCGGCUCCCCGGCUCCCAGCCUCUGCUUCCGGCGUUUGCACAGCUUCAAGUGA